CCGCCACUACCGGCGGCCUCAGUGCUCGGCGCUCACCGCCACCAACUAGCUUUACAUUUUUCAUGGGAAAUGAUAAUAUGCUUUGUACUUUUCGCGCUCAACUUCGCGCCUGCGACCUUAGUCGGCGAAAAGGCCAUCUUGGCCUGUACGACCCACGGUCAAUCUAUGCUCGAGUGCCAUAACGUUUUAUAUCCCAACUCGAAGGUGAGAGUUCCUGUAGACCUUCUGCUCUACCCGCACAUGGUUUUGAUUGGGUUUCAAAACGACAACAAGGAACCGACUUGGAAAUGCGGUGGAACACUGAUAAGCGACAGAUGGGUGGUAACCGCUGCGCACUGUAUUGAAGAUCCCAUGUCUGGACCUGCAAAAGUUAUGAGAAUUGGAACUGCCACGUUUGAGUUUGACGAAGUCGAUGAGUUGGCACAAGAAAGACUUAUAUCUGCGAUUGUUCCUCAUCCCGGAUAUCGGCCACCGUCGAAAUACCACGAUAUAGCGUUGAUGAAAGCCGAACCGCCAUUUAUACUCAGCAGAAACGUUCGCAUCGCAUGCUUGCAAGUAGAUGACAAUAUUCCAUCUGUUAAAUUGACAGCCAUAGGCUUCGGGACCACGAGAUCUGGAGCAGCAGCGGGUAGUCAGACUUUAAUGAAGGUAGACGUCGAUGUCAUCAACGGCACGGUGUGCAAUCGAUCAAUGAGGAUUUUAAUUCGAAGAAAAGUUCUUGCGAAUGGAAUUACGGAUGAGCAGAUGUGCGCCGGCGACUACGAGAACGGGGGAAAGGAUACGUGUCAGGGUGAUUCGGGAGGCCCUCUUCAGUACAUGGAGGAGCAUGUGGACUGCAUCCGGACUUUCCCUCUUCACGUGUUGGUCGGAGUGACGUCCUUUGGAAGGGAUUGUGGAAGGAAAAUGGCUCCAGGUGUAUACACACGGGUUUCUCGGUACAUUGAGUGGAUCGAGAGUGUUGCCUGGCCUGGGGUUUAUAUAUCAUGAAUUGUAAAUAAAUCUUAAUUUACAAUUAAAAGGGAUUAAAUUUUA